CGACGUAAAACUAAAGUCAUCCACCCAUUCACUCGUGUACUUAAUGUGUAAUUGUUUAGGGGGAUUUUCUACAAAAUACAUAGCUAUUGUUGAUGCUCAGGUUAACUUUUAAAAGAACAUCGUUCACAUUAUUCUACACUAGUCUGUCACGUUUAAAUUUAAUUCAAGGUGAAUAAUAAGCUCUCAGCAAUAUUUCGUUUCCAAUGUGACUACGAUAAACGUGACAAAAUCAGUAUUCGGAGCCUACUACCUACUAAAUCCUUCGAACUAUGGGCGUGCGACAAAUACAUCUGCGUAAACAGAGAAACGUGACAUCACUUUUAACACAAUAUUCUAAACAAAAGCAGUGACAACUGGAAAGCCAACCAUCAGAACAUAGUUCACCACGUGACCUUUUCAUUUGCAUAUCCAUUACCAUGCAACCAAUGAAACUACAAUUAGUGGCCAUGGAAUGGUAUAUAACUGUUGUCAAAGUCGUUGGAAUUCGCGUUACUCCCCAGACACGUCCGAGAUGACACACGUAGGUUGUUGUGGGAAGACUUCGGUCUUCGUCAAGGUAUCAGCUUUCUUGUUUCUCUUUGCCUUUGUCCUUCUUCUUCUGGGGUUCGGGACGCCGCUAUGGAGUGCAAGAGAUGGCCAGAGCGAAGGACUCUGGGAGAGAUGCACAGGAAGCGUGUGUGUCUCCACUCUCGAUGAUCCGCUCGGAGAUGAAGCCUGGUUUAUAGCCGUGCAAGCCCUUGUGACAAUUGGCUUUAUCCUUGGUCUCGGCGGAGUCGUACUAUCGUUUAUCAUUAUGUUCGACGUCGCAUGCACACACAGGAAGGCAAUCCGUAUUGCUGCAAUCGUACACGCCUUUGUACCAGCUGCCCUGCUGUUGUCCGGUGUGUUUGUCUACUGGAUCAGAGGCGAGAUAUAUUUCGCCGUCUUCUACCUGGGGUUCUCCUGGGGAAUCACCCUUUCUGCUGCCAUCGUCUUCAUCAUCGCUGGCAUCCUCCUCUCCGUCGACCUCGACCGCCUCCACAACUAUCACGAUGAAGCUGCUGCCUCGACAAGUGACCACCCUGAAGCACCAGCUGUAGAGGAACAUCACUAGACGAAAUCAGGGUCAAGGUCGUGAUGUAGAGAGUACCUCAAUGGAACGAAGGCGUAUCAUACGCUUAUGUGUAUCUUUCUAUUAAACUAAUUUUGUAUC